AUGUGGAGAUUGCGGCUGCAAUCUAGUAUUAAAGUAAUUGAGGAGGAACUGGAAGACUGUGAGCUUUAUUAUCAGAUAGCUAGUAUGAUUAAUUCAGAAGUAGGAGCUUUAUUGUCAGUUAUAAGGAGGAACAUGCAGUGGGUUGCUCAGCACACUAUGCAUCAACUUGUUAGAUGUAUCUUUUCACACCUUCCUGAUGUUGACCAAGCUGAUCGUGCUUUGGUUAAAGGAAGCAAUUCCAGCAAGCCUGAGGCUGAUGGUGUUGAUGCAGACUACAGUUUCAUUGGUAAAGAGAAUGGCAAUGAGUACGAAAGUCAACUAUCAUCUGGAGCUUUCACUUCUGCGGCUUCCGCUGCUCUUAGUGGAGUGGCUGGUGAUAAUUUUGCCAAGGCUGAUAAUGGAAAGGAUGCCGUUCCUUAUGAGCAUCCAGAUGGUGUCCCUUGCAUGGUUGAAACAUUCCACAACCUUUGCGAAUUCCUUCUCAAACAUGAGGAAAUGGGUGCCAGAGCAAAUUCUAUUAAUGUAUUCGAAGAGAUUGCAAAUCUACUCUCUAAGAGUGCAUUCCCUGUGAAUAGUCCUUUAUCUUCAAUGCACAUUCUUGCCUUGGGUGGCCUUAUUGCUAAGAGGAAAUACAUCAAGAGACUCUUGAUUGGAGCUGUCCAUUUCAACAGGGAUCUGAAGAAAGGGUAUACUGCAUGUUUGGAUAAAAAUCUUGUUGGGGAUUUUCUUGGAAAUCAUGAUGAGUUCUGUGUUCAGGUUCUUAACGAGUUUGCAAGAACAUUUGAUUUCCAAGAUACGAAACUGGAUACAGCAUUGCGGCUAUUCUUGGAGAGUUUUCAACUGCCUGGAGAAUCUCAAAAGAUCCAGAGGCAUGUCAUCAUCUUGGAUGUCUUGGAUGAUCUUAUUGCGUCUCUCUGUAAGUUUAAAACAUUGUUAAAUACCUCAUCAGUUGAGGAACUUGUUCUAGCAUUUGGUGAUGACAUCAAGGCCCGGAUGGCCACUGUCAAACUAGUGAUGCAGCUGAUGACUCAGAUAUAUCUCCCGAACCUGGGACAGGGAAAGCCUCUCACUAAUUCAGUAUCUUCUGUUCAAAAGCAAGCUAUAGGUACUCCUAGAAGAUCCUUGGGGGUUAAUGGGGCAAUUCAGUCAGCUGCUAUCAUUGGAUACAGAGAACCCCAGGCUGCAGGCCGACCUCAGAAGGGUAACAGCUCUCCUGAAGAUGAGGAUACUGCUGUUUUUUGUUUGGAGUUGCUUAAUGCAAUUACACUUAAUCGGGUCAGGAUUGGACUUCUCUGGAAAGUUGUGUAUGAACACAUUGCUAGCAUUGUACAGUCAACUGUAAUGCCUUAUGUCUACCUGGAAGCUUCGGAACCAGGGUUUGAUGCCCUGUUAUUUAUUAUGUCUGAUGGAGCUCACUUGUCACCAGCUAAUUAUGUUCUUUGCAUAGAUCCAGCAAGAGAAUUUGCAGAGUCUUUAGUUGGACAGGUCGAAAGAUCUGUUUGUGCAGUAGACCUUAUGGCUGGUUUAGUCACUUGUUUAGCCCGGUGGGAUGAAGAUGCUCAGGGAUCUGCGAUGGAGGUUACCCAGGAGAUAGGAGAGAUGUGGUUGAGGCUGACUCAGGCAUUGAGGAAAGUUUGUUUGGACCAGCGAGCGGAAUUCAGGAACCACGCGCUUUUAUCACUGCAAAUGUGCUUGACAGGAGAAGUGGAGGGAGUUGGAAUCCCACAUAAUCUGUGGUUGCAGUGCUUUGAUAUGUGCUUUGAUAUGGUCAUAUUAACUAUGCUUGAUGACUUGAUUGAGAUAGCACAGGGCCAUUCCCAGAACGAUUACAGAAACAUGGAAGGAACUCUUGUACUUGCCUUGAAGCUCCUGUCCAAGGUGUUUCUGCAACUACUUGUGGAGUUAUCGCAGCUGACGACCUUCUGCAAACUCUGGCUUGGUGUUCUCAGUCGGAUGGGAAAAUAUAUGAUGGCUAAAGUCAGUGGUAAAAAGAAUGAGAGAAGCUGCAGGAAUUAG